AUGAAGGGCAACACUUUAUACAGAAGGCAUCAAGCCCAACCUAGAGCCAUGGAGCACGCCCCUCCCUUAGUUUUAUAUAGUCGCCAGGGGGAUAUAUUUUCUAGUGAAUUCUUAUUGAAAGCCAGGUCUCUCCUCUCAUUAGGUCAAAGGGGACUCAUGUACAUACUACAAUGGAAAGUGUUUGCUCAUAAAAUCAGUUACAAAUAUGGUGAAUUUUUUCUGGACCAUAGUAAUAUUAUUUCAAAGAAAUAUUACAUCUUAACCAUUAAAUUAGUACUUGAAGUUGAGCCUUCGUGGUGGGACUUUUUUUAA